AGAAGAUUCCUUCAUUUUGUGUCUCGCUGUCUGCUGUCUGUCUAGUCUUUCGUAUUCAGUAAAAUUAUUAACAGGAUAAAUGCUACAUUAGACAUAAACAAUAUCAGAAAUGCCUAAGGGGGAAAAGGUACUCUGGGAUAUAUCUGUAUAUGAAUCUGAAAAGACAGAAAAAGCACAGAAAGAGAAAGAAGCUACUGAAGAUGGCAAGAUAGGAGAUGAGGCUAGUAUACUAUUUUUUGGAGGCAAGGAAUCAGGCAAAACAACAAUUAUCUGCAGGUUUCUGGACCGAGAAGACAUCCCAAAGUCUACCAUUGCUCUUGAGUAUACAUUUGGUAGAAGAGCGAAAGGCCACAACUUGGGAAAAGAUAUUGGACACAUCUGGGAAUUAGGAGGAGGCACCAACAUGACUCAGCUCCUGGAAGUUCCUAUUAACUUGACAAACAUUAUGACACUAUCAUUGGUGUUAGUGGUGGACCUGUCAAGACCAGAAGUAAUGUGGACAACACUGGAGGUCUUGCUGAGAGCCGUUACCGAACGUGUCAAUCAAGUGGUCAAGAAACUCUCAGUUGAAGAUCCACAAAUUGAAGAGAAACUGAAGAGGAAGGCGUGGAGUAGGUUUACUCAAGAGCAUCCCGACAGAGGCUUAAUUGAACCCUCUUUAGUACCCUUGGUGAUUAUAGGCACAAAGUACGAUCUUUAUCAAAAUUUGGACUCUGAGAAGAGAAAAGUGAUCAGUCGAACCUUACGAUUUGUGGCCCAUAAUUACGGAGGGGCAUUGUUGUUCUGCAGCUCCAAGAAUGAGCCAAUGAUGACAAGAACGAGGUCAUUAGUUAGCCAUCUUGUGUUUGGAACAACUUUGAACAAAGCCUACAUUGUUGAUCAUAACAAACCAAUAGCAGCAGCUUUUGGAACUGACUCCAUGCAACAAAUAGGCAGUCCUCCAAUAGCUGAUGGUGCAAUAGGUCAGGUACAGGCAAGAAGCCCAAUGGAGCUUUGGAAGCAGGCAUUUACUUCGUAUUUUCCACAGCAGACUACAGGAAGUGACAGCACAAGCGAGGACCCAGCCAAGGACCAGCAAUAUGCGGAGCCAGAAGUGGACAACAUGAGGGCCCAGAAAGAUGAGGUACUGGAGGAAGAGCGAAUCCAUCAAUCUAAUAAGCUAUUCUCACGCCCCAAGCAUAGCCAUCCUGUAGGAGAGACUUGAGGGUGGCUGAGUUGGCAAGAUAUCACAAGCUAUCUGAGAGGCGAGCCAGAGAGCGUGCAAUGGGGGCAGGAAUGGGCGAUGGUCACUGAGCCAUAUUCAAAUAUGUACCAGUUCUGUUACAUUGUUUUACCUUCUUUGGGAGGGUACAUGUUUUAAAUGUAAAAGGAGAAUAUUUAGUUUCUUUAAUGAAACUGCUGUCAUUAGUUAUGGUCUAUAUUGUAUAUUCCAUCAGCUAUCUUUAUGCAACCUGUGCAAUGAUAAAUUACUUUCCUGUAGGUAAGAUUGAUACUGAUUUCAGUAUGAGAGAGUUUGGUGGUAACUGACUCUACUAGUACUUUUUGUUCAAUCCUGGGAUUAAAAGCAAGCGAAUAGUCUACAUUAGAGCAUUAAAAAAGUUGUUUUGUUAUGCAGACAAUAGCAUAUUAUGGGACACACAUGUUGAUACAAGUUUAUUUUGACAAAUACUUGUAAUUUGCCCAUAUUUGGGUGUGAUAUUACAUCAUUGUGUCCAUAUAUGGGUGUGAUGUUAUAUGCCCAUACAAUACUUUUGUCUGAUCAAAUUAUCAUGCCCAAAUAUGGUGUUAUGUAUCAUGGCCAUAUUUGGGUGUGAUAUGAUAUGCUCAUAAAUUAUUAUAUGGGUAUGAUAUGACAUCAUACCAAAUUAAUUUUCACAUAAAACUUGUGUGGACACACAUUAAAGCUACAGGCAUGUUUGUGUUAUAGCCUCAAUAUAUAAGGAACAUUAUAGAUUGUAAAUGUAAACACAUUGUUGUUACACUGCAAUUUGUAAUAAUAUCAUAUAAGGCGAACAUAUCUAUCUCAGAGAGCUGCUUGCAGUGCCAUUUCCCUCUGCAGUGAACUGCAGCCCUUUCUGCCUUUUGUUUUGUUUAUUUAUUUAUUAAAACAAACUUGACUGCAGCAGUCAGCUAUACUGACUUGAUGAUUACAAAGACUGAAUAUUAGAAUAAAUUAGAAGACAAUUACGCAA